AUGACCUACAACAACUCCGUCAUUAACGUCACCCACACGCCCACCCCGGACCCCUUCAUCACCUACGCCCAUGGCAAGUUCUACUUGACCUACACGGCUGGCGAUAGGGUUGAGGUCUGGUGCUCCGACAGCCUCUUCAACUUCGGCAAUUGCUCCAGGCAUGUCAUCUGGAAACCUGAGCCUGGCCAUCCCUGGUCUGGUGGUAUCUGGGCACCAGAGAUCCACUCCCUCGACGGGCGGUGGUACUGCUACGUUGCGGCCGAAAACCCAAAGGAGGGUAACAAGUCGCACCGCAUGUAUGUGAUUGGGGGUCCUCCCGCAUCCCAAGAUCCUUGCCAGGGUCCCUGGGAGUUCAUUGGCCCUCUGCGCGGGGUACCACAAGACCAGUGGGCUAUUGAUGGCACGGUUAUUCACCUAAACAACCAGCUCUACUUUGUGUACAGUGGUUGGCCGCUAGGAGAGCAUCACAGCGACAAGACACAGGAGCUGUUCAUUGUGCACCUGCUGAACCCCGCUGAGGCUGACGGAUCGCGCCCACCGACAAGGAUCUCACACCCAGACUUUGAUUGGGAGCGCAGCGGUCCCAGUGGCAUCAACGAGGGUCCGCAAUGGCUUGCCAGCCCCAAUGGUUCCUGGGUAGGUAUUGCUUACUCGUGCGCCGGGUCUUGGACCAAAGACUACAAGACCAACACAAUCCAAUACACUGGCGGUGAUCCGUUGGAUCAAAACAACUGGCGCAAGUCGAACACUCCCCUGAUUUGCACACCCGAUGGCACGAAUGGACCUUGGGGGCCUGGACACGGUUCCUUCUUGCCUGUGGGUCACGACAUAGUGUACGUGUUCCACGCAACGGACCAGCCGACAGAUGGAUGGAACAACCGCAAGGCGCGUUGCCAGCGUGUCAACUUCACUCACAGCGGUCCUGAUAUGGGAAAUUGUGUGGGCCCCUUGUGUGAAGCCAACGUUUUCAUGCAAGGCUCAGGUUCAGGCUCAGGCUCUCACGACCCACUUCACGGACUGGAGGAGAAGUUGCAUGGGUUCUUGGGCAAAGCGAAGGAGAAGCUCAGAGAACUCUAA